CAUAGCGUAUUCAGUUCGGGGUUUGGGCUCGGCUGUUUUUAAAAGGCAAGGCAGCUCUCCAGUUGAUCAGUCUGCUCAGGAAACUUCUGCUGGAGAAAGUACUGGAGUCCAAACUGAAGGGGAGAGAAGUUGAGAUUUUGUGCAAAGAAUUUCUUUGCUCUUGCAGAGGACAUCUCUAGGGAAAGAAAACACAAAUAUAUCUUCUUUUUUUCCAGUUGCUCAUUUGAAGUCUUUUUGCAGGGUGCACGGCGCACAAUUAAUGUGUUUUAAACAAAUAGCAACACUCUUGGAUAAAGACUCCUGGCUUUAGCUUUAAAAAUCGGAUUAUCUGACCGAGGCAUUGUGCUCAUUAGACCAGUCUACUUUGGUUCCCCCUCCUCUUCUCAUUGAGGUUUAUGCUUAUACCUGAAGAGCAACACCAACAAUGUUUCUGAGUCUCUGCCUCUUGGUGACAUUCAUCUUGGGACUGUCCGGGUGCUUGGGCUCAUACGUGCCGUGCGAGCCUUGUGACCAGAAGGCGCUAUCCAUGUGCCCCCCGGUCCCGGUCGGAUGCCAGCUGGUCAAGGAGCCGGGCUGCGGCUGCUGCCUUACGUGCGCCCUAUCCGAGGGGCAGGCGUGCGGCGUGUACACCGGGACGUGCACCCAGGGCCUGCGCUGCUUGCCGCGGAGCGGCGAGGAGAAGCCCCUGCACGCCCUUCUCCACGGCAGGGGAGUGUGCACCAACGAGAAAGGAUACAAGCCCGCCCACCCGCCCAUAGCGGAACGUGAGUCUCGAGAACACGAGGACCCCAUUACCAUAGAGAUUGCAGAUGAGCUGCAGCAAGCUAAAGUGCCACUCCUUCCCAAAGACAUUGUGAACAAUAAGAAAAUGCACGCUCUGCGCAAGGAGCAGAAGAGGAAGCUCGGCAAACAGCGCUCCAUGGGCUCCCCCAUGGACUACUCCCCCCUGCCCAUUGACAAGCAUGAGCCGGAAUUUGGUCCAUGCAGGAGGAAGCUUGAUGGGAUCAUUCAGGGAAUGAAGGACACUUCUCGUGUAAUGGCUCUGUCUUUGUAUCUUCCAAACUGUGACAGAAAAGGAUUCUUCAAGCGCAAGCAGUGCAAGCCAUCUCGCGGCCGCAAACGAGGCAUCUGCUGGUGUGUGGACAAGUACGGCGUUCAGCUCCCUGGGACGGACUACAGCGGCGGGGACAUUCAGUGUAAAGACCUGGAGAACAGCAACAACAACGAGUGAAAAGGGGAGGACCACCCUUGACCCCCCCCCCCGCCUCCCCGCUCCCACCAUCCCUCCCCGCCCAUAACCACCACGUGACCCAGGGCCCACUUCUCCUCUCUGAAUCCCUUCUGUUUGCUCCACACCUUGCAUUGGCUUUUUUUUCAAUUGAGGUAAAAAAAGGAAGAAAAAAAAAAAAUCCAAACGACGACCAGGCUGAAACAAAGACACCUGUAUUUUCUUUUUUUUCUUCUUUUCUGUUGUCGACCCAGCACUCAUCUUUAAAUGAGGGGAAGAUUUCCUGAAGAUUUGAUAGAUCCCUUGACUAUUGCUCAUGGAACCCCUGUGUGAGGCGGAUCCCAUGGCUGCAGAUCUAUGAAAAUAUAUAUACACACCAUGGAUAUCAUUUUUAUAGUAGUUUGGGUGUUUCAAUACGACACUUUGUAUAAUAUAAAAUACAAAAAUAACAGAAAAUCAUUGUGAAUAAAACUCAACAUCAGGCACAUUGAUUAAAAAACAUAUCAGUUGUAGGCUGUGGAACAUGAUGCCACUGUGGAACUGUUUAUUGGCAGUAAUUUGGUUUUUGGUCGGUUUUCCAAAAGAAAAAAAAAAGAAACAUUAGAGAGGGGAUAUGCUGUAACAGCUGACUCUUGAAAUGUGGUUCUGUCAGAGCACUUAUGAAUAGGGGAACCAGCUUAGAUGUACCUUCACAAAAUGAUGGGUGCAUGAGUGUGUGUAUGUGUACAGUGUGUGUGUGUGUGUGUGGUAUGUUUCUGCCUGUGUUGGUGUAUGAUGGAGCCUAUUACAAAAGAAUGUCCUUUUAUUCUGUUUUGUUUGAUUUUGUCACAACAAGUAUUGGCUGGCGCUUGAAGUGGUCUUUGGGCUGGCCUUCUCUAUAACCGAUGUAAAGGAUGUCUCGUGACACACAGAGUUUGGAAACAAAAGAUCAAGCAGAUUGUCACAGAUGAAAAUAUGUAAGUGGCUCGUCGACAUUGUAGCUAGCCUGAUAUGCCAACUGUGCCUAUUGAAUCAGACGCUGCCGCGCAGGGCGACACGCCGACUCUUCAACCUUCGGGUUGAGCGCUUUAUCCAACUUGGCGGUGGAGCCAGUUGUCUCUCUGAUCCAGUUGUGUGAAGUGUAGUUCUGUACGGCUUUGUUUGCGCUGUUUUCUUUGCCUUUAGUGAAGUAAAGACCGCCCACUUCUGAGCCAUGUUCCUUUAUCAAGUGGUUUCCCCUCAGUACAGCUACUACAGUGUAACCAUGGUGUAUUACAUUAUUUUUAAAUAUAGUUAUUGAAUGUUUUUUUUGCCUGUAGAAACAUAGUAUGACAACAAUGUAAUUGUUCUUGGAAAAAGGAAAAAAAAAACGAUUUUAGCCUGUAAGAAUGAGUUCUUUUGAGCCUCAGAAUGACCCAGAGUCAGUCAAAGAAGCUAACCCUCUGGAACCCUUCUGCUUACAAGCCUCCAUGCAAAGGUAUCACAUCUAAAGGGAGGAUGAUCAAAACAAAAAGGUUACAGCUUAAAACAGGGUCAAUUCACUUAGACUUUUUCUCUCUGUGUGCAAGUUACAGUGCCUUUCAAACAGUGACGUGAAAGUGAAACACAUAACAAACUGGCCCCCACCCCAACAAAUAUAGAAUAUUAUGAAGAGGUCUAGAAUUAGCUCUGAUUAAGUGCGGAAUAAUGUACAUAAAGGAUCUGUAAAUGGUGUCAGUAACGCAUAGCAUUUCCAUGUGUUAUCGCCCCCUGGACCGCAGGGCAAUUCUGGACAAUAGUCAUUUAGACCUACUUCCUAUCGUUCUCUGAUUACUGAUAAGCUAUGACAAUUGCUUUUGACCAAUGCCAAUGUAUAUCAUUGCCAUAGAGGGGAAGCCAAAUGAUGUUUGGACGUAAAUCAACCGUUUCCUUAUGAAAGAGAAAUGGUGAAAGUGCAUCUUAAAUGGCUUCCGGUUGUGAAGGCAUUAUCAAGGUUCUUUGCCCCAACCCCAAAUCCCCAGUACCACUUUCGAAAAAUAAAGCAGCUUGCACUUCUUUCAGUUACUCACUAUUGAUAAUGACACUCAACGACGUCCUAAGAUGUGGUAUCGUGAAGUUGGUGGAACAAUAAAAAAGACAAAAAAAAAAACAGCCACAAAAGCUAGAUGUUGUGUUAUCUUGUGCUUACCUUUUAAAGGUGGUGCUUUGAGGUAAUAUUUGUCGACAGGGGCUGUGCAGCCCAUGCCUGGGACCUCCAAUACAGCAACAUCCUUUAGGGAGAGAUAGAUUUUAAAGUAACACGCAGCUAGAGAUGUUCUUAUGGCCAAUUGCACAGAAAUGAGAGUUGAGAUGGAGAGAGGAGUUCAGAGAGACAGAGGGAAAGGAGAGAGGACGCCAUGGGCAGUGGUCAUAAUCAGGGCCUAGCCACUUCCCCGAUACGGGGUCACCAAUUGCAUGACAUUAGAUGCAUUUAGCAAGACAGUCAACAGGAGUUAUGGAAACCUGGGGAAUGCACCACUGCAACCGAGAACAGCCUUUAAUAUGAUGCCAUGGAUUGCAGGUUCAGGCUUAAAAAAGAAUGGCCUCUAUUUGUGUUGGUGACUUCUUGUUUGCUAGUACCGACUUCCUCGGGUUUUAUCCAUCUCCUACUUGGUUUAAACUCAUAUUCACAUGUCAUACUUCAGUAGUACAGUAACGACAGUACAGCUUUUUUUCUGAGUACAUAAAACUUUCCGGAUGUAAUGAGUCAAUACUAUUGGUUUUCAUAAUUUGGUGUUCACUGGCUUGUGAAAUGAACCCAUCAGUGGCAGGAGUUCAGUGGGAAAUAAAAUGGUCAGUAUUUGGAACUGCAUUAAACAAACAAGAAAAAAAAGACAAGAAAUCUCAAAUUAUUAAAGUGAAUAUCACUGUGUAAUAUUUAUUCAACCUGUAAUUUAUGUACUCUUUUAACCUUUGUCUUUUUUUUUGUUAUGACAAAGCAUUUAUUUAAAUAAAGUUAUGUAUUCAUUUAAA